AUGAUUAAAACAGUUUCAUCACGAAUAGAAGGUUCAAUUACAACAUUUAUUUUAAAAUUAACAAAUAAAUAUGAUCUCGGUGAACGUACAAUAUAUGUGCUUGUUUUUAGUGGCUGGCAAGAAGUAUCGAAACGACCUGUAAUAACUGAACUACUCGGUCUUCUUCGAGCAGCAUGGGCAAUUGAACAAAGUAAUGUAUCAGAUAAAAAAUAUCCAAUAUUAGUACAUGGUGUUAGUGGUACUAGAAGAACUGGAACAUAUGUACUACUUUCGAUACUUUGCAAACAGAUGACAGAACGUGGACAACUUUCACUGAUAACAGCAUGUUUAGCUGUACGUAGUUAUCGUUAUCAUGUUAUGAAUAGCCUUUAUUAUUUUAUCAUUUUAUUAGAAGCAUUGCUAAUUUAUGCAGCUGAUAUUGGCUUAAUUAAUCAAACAAAACAAAGUUUUGCAAUAGCUAAAAAGUUCAUACGAGAUUUGGCAAUAAAAGAAAGAGAAAAUUGUGAUAAUUAUUAA